AUGACCCGCUUAAAAGCAGAGGACCCAUGGGAUCAGUUCAGGUACAGCGGUGCUGGUCAUAGUGGAGACCUUGAUCUUAUCUUCAGCAGCAUGGGUACACUUCGAGAAAAAUAUGGAGACGUGUUCACAGUGCACCUGGGACCGAGGCCCGUGGUCAUGUUAUAUGGGACAGAUGCCAUAAGGGAGGCUCUGGUGGACCAAGCUGAGGCUUUCUCUGGCCGUGGGACAAUUGCUGUGCUUGAGCCAAUUGUACAGGGAUAUGGUGUGAUCUUUGCUAAUGGAGAACGCUGGAAGACCCUUAGGCGAUUCUCUCUGGCCACCAUGAAGGACUUAGGAAUGGGCAAGCGGAGUGUGGAGGAGCGGAUUCAGGAGGAGGCCCGAUGUGUGGUGGAGGAGCUGCGGAAAUCCCAGGGAGCCCCCCUGGACCCCACCUUCAUCUUCCAGUCCAUCACAGCCAACAUCAUCUGCUCCAUUGUCUUUGGAGAGCGCUUUGACUACAAAGACCGCCAGUUUCUGAGCCUUUUGCACCUGAUCUAUCAGAUCUUCUCGCUCAUCAGCUCAUUCUCCAGCCAGGUCAGUGGGUGGGAAGAGAGGAGCAUUGAAGGAAAGCGCAUUUGUCUUGGCGAAGGAAUUGCCCACAACGAAUUGUUUCUUUUCUUCACCACCAUCCUCCAGAACUUCUCUGUGUCCAGUCCUGUGGUUCCUAAGGACAUUGAUCUCAGGCCCAAGGAGAGUGGCUUGACCAAAGUGGCUCCAACAUACCAGAUCCAGUUCUUGUCCCGCUGA